GCAGCCCCGCUGUGGUGGUCGCUCGCUCGGAUGUCUUGCACGCUGGUUAGCCCCUCUGGAGCUCGGGUCCCUCUGCAGGACGGACGAGCUGUGAUUCUGGGCCGGGGUCCGGACACCGGGGUCACCGAUAAGAAAUGCUCCAGACACCAGGUGAAGGUGGUGGCUUGCUUUGCAGACCAGGAUGUGGUUGUUACCCAGCUGGGUCCCAACCCCAGUUUCCUGGACGGUGAGAAGCUGGGCAGGAGCCAGUCUGGCAGACUCACCCACGGAGGCACCCUUUUCCUGGUCAACCAGAGCCACCCGUUUAAACUGCACUUCUCCCUGAGCUCAAACGGAACACCCUCCGGUGCUGCACAGAAAGGACUUAAAGCCACAGAUAAGACAAAGGGAGGAAGAAACGGGAGAGAGAAGGAGGCACAGUCAAGUCCAAAUCCCAAGCGCAGUAUAAAGGAUUUCUUUCCUGUCUCUCCCAUGAAGGCAUCUAAAAGACGGCUGAGUCCAGAGAGGGGAAACUCUGACGUGAAGCGCCGAAGAAGAGAUGAGGGGACUUCAGAUAGACGAACAAAGGAAGAGGAUGAGGACGAAGAGGAGGAGAGAAUGGCGGAGGAAAAGCUCAAGCAGCUGCAGGAGUUGGCAGAGAAGUCCAUGACAGGGAAAAGUAACAGCGCCCAGCCUUCAUCAUCUUCAUCCUCCUCAAAGGGCUGUCUUAAGAGCAGCUGGCAGCAGAUCGGCAACCUGAUGCUUUACACUGCCGCUGGUGUCAGAGGGAGUGAAAAGAUUGCAGGGUUUGACAUAGAUGGCUGCAUCAUCACCACCAAGUCUGGCAAAGUCUUUCCCACUGGGCCAGACGACUGGAAGAUUCUGUAUCCUGAGAUUCAACCUAAGCUGGCCAGCUUGCUCAAGAAAGGAUACAAGGUGGUGUUUUUCACCAACCAGAUGGGGAUCGCUAAAGGCAAACUACGACCAGAAGUCUUCAAGUCUAAAGUGGAGGAUAUUCUCACCACGCUGAAGCUCCCUGUGCAGGUGUUUGUAGCAUCUGGUCCUGGUAUCUACAGGAAACCAGUGAUGGGAAUGUGGAACCACUUGUGUGAGAAGGCAAAUGAUGGCGUGACUGUAGACAAAACACAGUCUUUCUAUGUCGGAGAUGCUGCAGGUAGACCAGAGAACUGGGCUCCAGGGAGGAAGAAGAAGGAUUUCUCCUGCAGCGACAGACUGUUUGCUCUGAACAUUGGGCUACAGUUCCAUACCCCAGAGGAGUUCUUCCUGGGCUGGAAGAGCGCCCCCUACAACCUGCCAAGUUUUGACCCUAGGAAGAUUGACUCCACUGCGAGGCUGUAUGACCCACCGUCUGCCUCUCUCACCUCCAGCAAGACAGAAGUCAUUGUUGCCGUGGGUUUCCCUGCGUCUGGUAAAUCCACCUUCUUCCACACCCACGUCAUUCCAAAAGGCUACGUGUAUGUAAACAGGGACACACUUGGUUCAUGGCAGAGCUGUGUGACAGCAUGUGAGCGCGCUCUAAAAGAAGGCCGCAGUGUUGCUGUGGACAACACCAACCCAGACCCAGAGUCUCGCAAACGAUACGUGGAUGUGGCCAAGGCAGCAGGAGUCCCAUGUCGCUGUUUCCACUUCUCAGCCUCUCUGGAGCAAGCCAAACACAACAACAGAUUUCGAGAGAUGGCUCCGUCAGACACCAAACACGCCAAGGUCAACGACAUGGUUUUCCACAGCUACAAGAAACAUUUUGUGGCUCCUGCUCUUUCCGAGGGAUUCUCCGAGAUACUCCAGAUCCACUUUGUGCCGAACUUCAAAGACAGCCAAUCAGAAACCCUGUUCCUGCUGUUUUCUGAGGGCUGAUUGGACAGUUUGCUUUCUAACACCUUUUGACUUUCACAUUCGAACUGACGGAGAAAAAGAACAGAUAACAGCCAGUGAAGCAGCUAAGGUUUGAGAUCAGUCCAACAAGUGACAGACCUAGAGAAACACAACGCUCUGACUCAGACUGUCUGGGCUUCCUACUGACAACUCCGCAGCGCUUGUGUGUCCCAGCUUACAUGCAUACUGUAUGGCUAAUGAUUUCUAACAACAAAGUAAGACUGAUAAUGUUAACUAGACUUGGAUUCAAGCAGCAAUUUAUCAAGCAACUCAACGUAUCUUCAUGAAUGUAUGGCUAGAUUUCCAUUGUAUAGUGUCUCAGGAAGUGAUUAUACAUGUGUCACACAUGUUGAGUUUAGAAGGAAUACAGUGUGAAAACAAGAACAAAUACAUUUUUAUGUUGUUUAUGACAAAAUGUCUUCUGUUUUACAAGUUUACUGCCCCACAGCUGUAAAGAUCAACAGUAUUGCAUUUGACAAUAAAGCUUUGCAAAACACUUGA